CUGCCUUGCAGGAAGGGCAAACAGUCAAAGCUUCCCUUUCAGUUCACAUCGGGGAGGGAAAUGUGCCGGAAAAUUUACCCUCCGUGUUGUGUGCUUUGUAGGAUUUAAUCAUUAUGGAAUGCUUUUGUAGCAGUGCAAUUUGUUAAAUGAAAGAUGCUGGAAUCAAAGAAGGAACUAGUAGUUUUAGACGCCAAUUUAUCAAGUACUUCCAAUAAACGUAGUCCUUUUCAUCUUCUAUCAAGCAUUUUCAGUAAGAAAAAACAGUCAUUAGAUAGCGAAGCUCUUGAAAAAUCUGUAAGAAACAAAGAUAAUGAUACUAGCAGCACAACUGAUGUACCUGACCAGCAGUCAUUGGAGGAAGAUGAUACAUUGGCGCCUGAGAGUUGCUCCCGUAUUCCAGGAGUCAUGGAAAAACAGACGUCCUACGGCAAUCCACUUUUUCUAUCACCUGCUGCCACCAUGCGAAGGAAAAACCUGAAAAUAGAUCUGGAGACCUUACAUCUUUCAAGACAAGACAAUCCGUACCUUAAACAAUUAGAGCGUUUUAGUUUGCCUGAAGAAACGCUUUUGUCUUGUGCUGAUUUUCAGUCUUUAGCGGAAAAAGCUCUUCUCCGAAGCGAAUGGCACCUGGACAGUGGGAAAGACAUUGAUAUUCAUCAGCAUUUGAUUAGAAGUCCUCCCCCUCAGUUUCCUCAGAAUAUAACGCAUUUCAUGUACAGCCAAGCCAAUUCACCUAAGCGCCAAAUCAAUCAGACGACAAAAGAGAGUGAUGAAAAUGGAGAGUCUGAUAAGUUUAAGAAAGCAAAAUCAUUGAAUCCUGUUCAUCCAAAAAGAGACACUGGAGUUCUUGAUCCAAGCAUUAGGGAAGUACUAGAAUACCAGAAAUGUCAGCUCAUUGCAGGUAUUCAACAUUCCUUAAACAUUGGACAAGCCAAGUUCGGAACAGCUCCAUCUCACUAUGUGCCAGUUCAAGCAAGCCUUAAUAAUAAUUCGCCGAACUCUCAAGCCCGAUGGACGAAUGAAUCGGGCUCACGAUUUCGGCAGAAUGGAAAAGCGAUAGCUCCUAAAGCAACAGCGUCCCUGCCAGGAUUAACAAGUGGUUACUUAGAUGUAGAGCAAACAUCCAGGAAGAUACCCUUAGGACCUAUUAGGAUAGGGCGAACACUCUCAGAUUCAAUCUGCCAUGAUAACCAUCUUUGGAGUUAUGGAGCGAAACAGUGACAGUAGUCUUCAAUCAAAGAUUAGCAAACGUGAAGCCGAAGAAAGUAUAUUUCCGAAGGCCAUGGAAAAUUAACUUUUCCUUAUAUUUUGUACUGAUGUACUUUUUAAAAUAUCAUUCAAAUGAAUCAUAUUCCUAGGCGCAAAAUUGCUAAAUUUGAAAUUUGCAAGGAGGAAAAUAAAUGCAUAAAUUCUGAAUCUCUCAGUCUGAAAACUGUGUUACAAAACCUUACUUUCUCACUUUCUCUGGAACAAUUUAACUCUUUAAAGUCUGAGUGUUUUGCAGAUUUUCCUCUGUGAAUUCUUUUUCAAAAUGUUAAGUGAAUUUUAAAAAUUUCAAAGAUUUAUUUGGGGGGACGGAGAAUAUUUUCUUAAUUUUAUUCCUAAUACUUAGCUAUAUAAUGCUGAACUUUAUGUUUAUGGGUAGGUUGUGCUCAAAGCUUGGGAUAAUCAUAUGCUCUGAACAGUUAAUUUCUGUAAUUUGUAAUUUUGCUGAAAAUCUUCAAAUAAAACACUAUAUAAAGUAUCAUCAAUAAUUUAUCAAGACUAGAAAAAUAAGAAAAUGAUUGUUCUGAUGACUAAACUAAAGAAAGAAAAUAAUUACAAAAAAAAAACGUUUUUCUUUACAUUUAAAAAGAAAAUUUAAUUCAAAACAGUUUUGUAUCAUAUGUAUCGUAUAGUCAAGAAGUAAUCAUUUUAGAAAAAAAAUUCAAUACCUUAUGAUAUAUAUAUAUCUUCUAUAAUAGUACCUAAAAGGAGUCUACUAAAUUUUUAAUUUAAACUUAAUUACUUGUUUUUUAAACUUAAUUACUUGUUUGAACAGAAUUUUCUUAUCUCCCUUGUUUUCUGUUUUAUUUUGUUGUCCCUUUCCAUUGACAUAUUCUCGCCUGUUUCAUGUUAUAUCUAUGGUAUGCUUUUCUUGUCGUUAAAUACAAAAUAUCCUCCAGUCAAGCUAGGAAACUCAUUCGUCGUCUAGAAUUUGGUUUAUCAAAAUCUAAAUAACGUAUCUUAGUCCUAUGGAAAAUAAAUUGGAUUAUGAUACUUACAGUAUCUAUGGUGUUACAUGCAUAUACAUGUAUUUAUUAGUAUUCAUAUGUCCCAUGCUAAUAAGUAGAAUAUAGCAAUGCAUCUACCAGUCAUCAGAUUAAAAGAGGUGGUAAUUAAAAGUCUCAACAUUUAGUACUUCCUUAAAAUUUGAAUCUUAAGUAAGAUUUAAUGAAGUUAAUAGAUAUUUGCUUAUGAAGAAUAUGUUCAGUCUCUGGAAUAAUCGAAGCUUUAUGAAUAAAAUUUCAGCUGAAGUUUAACAACGUAAAAGUUAUUUCACGAGAUUUUCUUGAUGAAGUUGUCAAUGUCCAAUUGUUUUAUUUUAUUGACUUCAAUAGCAAAUAUGCCAUUUUAUUUGCUUAUAUAAACCAGAGUUUAUCUUAUUAUGAAUAGUAGAAGUAUUCACAAUUGUGAAAUAUAUUACUUAAUCAUAAAUGUGGCACUUCUGCCGCACGUUUUAACUUUGUUAGCAAUGACUAAGUUACAGUGUUCUUCUCCCCAUCUGUAACAUUUCUGGAAAGAGGGUUACUGGAUGCCUAGGAAUGCGGUUGUAAUUGGAGAUUUAUGUAGUGAUAUAGAGGAAGAUUUGCAGAAAAUAAAAGUAAAUAUUAUUAAGCUAUUUAUUUGCAAAGAAAGACAUGCGUUCAUCUCUCUCUUAUUUUAAGACUGUCUGUCAUUGAAAAGAAAAAUAAAGCUGUAUAAAUAUGUUCACUGGAAACUUUUUGUAAUGGAUAUAUGACAUUUUCAACACUUUACUUGAAAGAUGGUUGAAUUUUCGUUUAUAUAGUGAUGCACUUAUUCGUUAAUUACGGAAUGUUAUCUUUAAAAAGUAUGUAAAUAUAAAUAAUAAAGUUUAAAUAAAGUAUUUAAUGUAAA